AUGAAAUCCGCACUUCUCAUCCUCAGCUCUGCAGCUCUGGCGCUCGCAGGUCCCAUCAUCCCCACCAUGGUCUACGACUUACCCACCAUCUCCACCUCCACUGACAAGCCUCUUCGUACCAUCAUUGAGGAACUCCGUGAGAUGCCCGCAUGCGCCAUGGGAGUUCCACCACAGAGAUAUCCCCACGGCUGCUGUGACUACAUGGCAGGAAAUUGUAUCCUUCGAUUCCACGAUCCACACAACUAUCUCGAGCAUGUGCCCGAAGAGGCGGAACUUGCAGCUAGAGCCCCCACAAACCCUAUCAUCCCUACCAUGGUCCCCGACAGCGAAAUACCUGCCAUAUCUACCUCUACUGACAAACCUCUUCCUACCAUGAACGUCAAUGAAGGAUCAUGGCCACCGCGACUGGCCCUCUGCGUUGAGGGAGAGCCACCAUCAAAGUAUCCUCGUGGCUGCUGCGAACAUUACAUAGGAGAACUCUGCGUCCAAGAACGAUUCAAUCCCCCUGAUGAGGAUCCCGAACACGAACCUCGUCCUACCCAUCGCUUCUACGGAGAACGACCGCGACACACGUUUAUAUGCGCUCGGGGAGACCCGCCGCAUGAUCUUGAUCCCUGUGACAACUGGUGGGAGCAAGUGAACUUUGAUGAGGAGUUUGAACGCGAAGCCGAAGAGACAGAAACUGCACGAGUGUAG